AUGUAUGUUACGGCUCAUUCUCUUCCAGCACCAAUUCCAUUGGAGGACCGGUUUACCACUCAUUGGCCGAGAAUACCCGUCUCAUUGAAAUGCCACGGCGGCGGUUCGUCGUUGAGUGUGGGGGUUAUAGAUCCAUUCGGAAAGGAAUUCGGUUCUCUCGAUACGAAUAGUGCGAGGGUUUUGGUUCCGUUGCUGGAGAGGAACUUGGUACGGCUCCAGACAAUUGUCCUCCCUAGAAAGAAGCAACCGGGACACCUCCCUGGACCCGAAACCGACGGCAAAUGCAAAACUCCGCUCGAGAUGCAGGCCAAUGUGUAUGGGCCCGUGAUGAAUAUGGGCGCAAUAGCGAAAAUUUUGGCGGAUAAGAAUGGACGUCUAAAGAGACCUUCUCAAACCGACGGAUUGGAAUAUGUCCCACCCAUGGGCACCCCAGGCGUGUCCCGGGUCCUGCCAGUGCAGGUUGAUACAGAGGCGGCGGUUUUCACCAUGCUUGAAGAACUGCAGAAGCAGGUCGAGAAUCUGCCUAAUGCCGAGGCGGAUCCACGAAUCACCACUCCCCUCUUAAAACACCAAAAGCAAGGGUUACAUUUUAUGAUGAGCAAGGAGAGGGAUCGUGACUACACUGACUCGAAAGGGAAUACCUCGCUCUGGCGCACGUUCGGGCACGGUAGUCCCACAUUUUAUGAGAAUGUCAUCACCUGUGAUCAGAGAGAGGAAAAGCCUGACGAAGUCUACGGGGGCAUUCUCGCGGAUGUCAUGGGCCUGGGGAAGACUCUGCAAGUGAUAUGCCUAAUUGUCGGUUCCCUCGACGCGGCGACGGCAUUCGCCGCUCCGGCUGAAGGCGAGCGCCCGUCCAAGAGGAGGAGGGUCAAGACGACCCUGGUCGUUAGCCCUCUCAGCACCAUUGGAAAUUGGGAGGGGCAGAUCAAGGCGCAUGUCAAGUUUGGGACUCUCAGUGUUUACGUCUAUCAUGGCCCGAAGCGAGUGCUCAGUAUAGAGAAGUUGGCUCAAUACGAUGUCAUCCUCACGACUUACCAGAUUGUCGGAGGAGAGUUUGCUAAACACACGACUGGCGGUGGCGGUGCAAGUGCUUCAAAAGGCAGCUGUCCGUUCCAGAAGCUUCAUUUCUUUAGAAUCGUCCUGGACGAGGCCCAUAUGAUCCGUUCGCCCUCUAUCAUGCUCACAAGGGCUAUGCUUUCUUUGAAUGCUCAGAGACGUUGGGCGGUUACUGGAACUCCAAUUCAGAAUCGUCUUGGGGAUAUUGCGACUCUAGUCAAGUUCCUUCGCAUUGCACCCUUUGACGACAGCACUGCCUGGAAUAAAUAUAUCGCAGCACCGUUUAAGAAUGCGAAUAUUGAAUCUAUCGCGAAUCUUCGUCGUAUACUUCAUAGCGUCACCUUGCGGCGCUCGAAGGGCAUCAUUAAUCUACCUCCUCGAAAGGACGAAGUGGUGUUUCUCGAUUUCUCUAGCUCUGAGCAACAAUUAUACGAAGCUACCCUGCGGAUGUCUAGGCGAAAGCUGGAUCUCGUUCUGAGGGAUGGCCACAUCGGUGGGCAGAAUUAUGUUCAUGUUCUGCAGAGUAUCUUACGCCUACGCUUGAUUUGCGCUCACGGAAGUGAGUUGGUGGGUGAUAGUGACACCGCCGGGAUCACUUCCUCGCAUGCAAUCAAUGUUGACGAGAUCGGUGGUAAUGCUAGCGAUCUGCCAUGGUCUGUCAAGGACGGUUACCAAAUAUUCCGACUCAUGUAUGAUGCGAAUGACGACAUUUGCGCUCUCUGCGAGGCCAAAGUCGGUAUUAACAGUACAGCCGGCAGCGUUGGCGAUGAGGACUCACCUUCAAACAAGAAGGUUGUUGUCAUAGGUCAUCUUACCGCAUGUGCUCACCUGCUCUGUAAAACAUGUGGGCCGAGAUUCACCGAAGAAUUCAAUAACGCUUCAAUUAGCGCCGCGGGAAACAAACCUUUGCACGGGGAUUGCCCACUCUGUGGGGCGUGCGUCAGCUCCGCUCUACUGGAUAUUAAGAGCGAUUACAAUGAGGACUCAGUCCAAGAUCUCCAGAGGAGGAAGAAGCUAAAGGGGAGGUACGGAGGGCCGAGCACGAAGGUCAAAGCUCUUAUCUCAUCUCUCCUUGAGAAUAAGAAGGCAAGCACGACUAGCAGUCCUAUAAAGAGUGUUGUCUUCUCAUGUUGGACCUCCCACAUGGACCUUAUUGAGAUCGCGUUCAAGGAUAAUGGUAUCAACUUUGUCCGCUUAGACGGCAGUAUGACCCGCACUCAGAGAAACCGCGUGAUGGAGGACUUUGAAAGGGCUCCGGAAAUCUCGGUCAUCCUGAUAUCUAUCAUGGCUGGGGGUCUCGGAUUGAACCUGACAGCAGCCUGCAAGGCCUACGUCAUGGAACCUCAAUUCAAUCCUGCUGCGGAAUCACAGGCAAUCGACCGCAUACACCGUCUCGGCCAGACCCGUCCUGUCACCACGACCAGAUAUAUUAUGCGUGAUUCCUUCGAGAUGAAGAUUGUUGAACUUCAGAAGAAGAAGACCGAGCUUGCUAAUCUUUCCAUGUCCUCCGGGAGGCUUAGUGGGAAGGACGCCAUGGCGAAGAAGCUGGAGGACCUCAAAACGCUAUUCAGAUAACUCUUUAGCUCUUUAGCCUCACUUCCUUUCCUUUCUCGCUACUCGUGCUUUUUCCCCUUUCAUUCCCCCCUUGCUUGCUUUGGCAUUUCGGCAUGGCCAUGGACUUAUUACUCCAGGGGCCCGUCCAAAUGGAUACACUACAUAACCCCCUCCUCUUUUUUCCCCUUUCUACUGCUCUUUGGGUGGUACGUACCACCGCUACCGCCUUUUUAUUAUGGCAUCACGCGACAUACGAUAUGACUGCGGCGCUCUUGUUCCCCGGUUCCGAUUUUCGCUCCUGUUGUCCUCUCUUCCUUUUCCCUGUCACCAAGGAUACGGUUGGAAACAGGUCCUAUCAUUAUUCACCACUUAGAGGGGGUUUCUGGUACAUUUUUUGAUGGUUUUUUAUUAGUGGCGAGUGAAGAAAUAGAAAAAAUGUUUGAAAGGGAACCGGAGAAAAAAAUGGUGGUAGUGGGUUUUUGCUUGCCCGGGUAGGAUAGUUAUGGAACUCGGUUGCUAGGAGAGGAUGUGGGAUAGGCCUCAAGUAAUUAAAGGAUUUGCUGGACUAAAUAUAAUAUUAUUCUCAGUUUUGCUUUUA